AUGCAAGAACUUGAUAGUCGUUUUCCUGAGACUAGUACAGAGUUACUUAUUAGAAUUGCUUGUUUGAAUCCGGCUAAUUCAUUUUUCAAUUAUAACAAAGAGAAGGUACUCAAAAUGGCUAAACUUUAUCCCAAUGAUUUUGAUGAUCUGGCCAUUGAUUGUCUUAGUUUUGAGUUAGAUGCUUUUGUUGGUAAUUUUGCAACUGAUGAGAGAUUUUCAAACUUGGCCACUCUUGGUGAACUCUUUAAAAUGUUGGUCCGUACCAAUUUGUAUAAGUCGUGCCCAACUUUUUUUAAGCUUCUGAAGUUGGCGUUGAUUUUGCCGAUAUCCACUGCGACCGUUGAAAGAGUGUUCUCUGCAAUGAAGUUUAUCAAGACUGACUUACGCAAUAAAAUGCGUGAUGAGUUUUUGAGUGAUGCUAUUGUAACUUAUUUUGAGUGUGAUUUAUUUCAUAGUUUGUCAAAUGAUGACAUUAUGCGUCGCUUCCAAAAUAUGAAAACGCGACGUGAUAUUUGGCUUAAUUUAUUCAAUGGUGAUUUUUUUGGUAAACAUUUCCGUUUCUAUGAGGUAAUAAAUACCUCUACUUUGUUACUACUUAGAAAACUGCGGUACCAAAAGCUAAAAAGAAAGACAUCGAAUAAAGAGAAAGGCAAGAAGUUCAAUCGUGUUGAUAUUAAUGUUUGA